GCCGUGCGCAUGUGCGGGGCUCCAUGGCGAGACAAGGGGCCGAGCGCGCGCAGGGCGGCCCGGCGCGGACAGGGCUGUGAAGCCGGAGCCUCCUCUGCGUCUGCCCCGCGGAUGCCCGUCGGAGCGGAGCGAUGAAGGGGCAGCAGAAAGCAGCCGAGACGGAAGAGGGAACGGUGCAGAUCCAGGAAGGUGCAGUGGCCACAGGGGAGGAUCCCACCAGCGUCGCCAUUGCCAGCAUCCAGUCCGCGGCCACCUUCCCCGACCCCAACAUCAAGUAUGUGUUUCGCACGGAGAACGGCGGGACGCAGGUGAUGUACAGGGUGAUCCAAGUGGCGGACGGGCAGCUGGACGGGCAGACGGAGGGCACCAGCGCCAUCAGCGGCUACCCGGCCACCCAGUCCAUGACACAGGCCGUCAUCCAGGGCGCCUUCACCAGCGAGGAUGCGGUGGAGACGGAGGCCACGGCCACCGAGACCCACUACACCUACUUCCCCACCACGGCUGUGGCCGACACCAGCACCUCGGCCGGCGCGGGCACCACGGCCACCGCCGUCGUCACCACGCAGAACUCGGAGGCCCUCCUGGGGCAGCCGACCCCUACGGGGCAGUUCUUUGUGAUGAUGUCGCCGCAGGAGGUGCUGCAGGGGGGCCCGCAGAGGUCCAUUGCCCCCCGUGCCCACCCCUACUCCCCGGCUGGGAUGGAGCCGGAUCCUCACCGGGAUCACCGGGACCGACGCCGCCGGUGUUCCCCCAGGAAGUCGGAGGCGCCACGAGCCACCCGGGACGAGAAGCGCCGGGCGCAGCACAACGAAGUGGAGCGCCGGCGCAGGGACAAGAUCAACAACUGGAUCGUGCAGCUCUCCAAGAUCAUCCCCGACUGCUCCAUGGAGAACACCAAGUCAGGGCAGAGCAAGGGAGGGAUCCUGUCCAAAGCCUGCGACUACAUCCAGGAGCUGCGGCAGAGCAACCACCGCCUCUCCGAGGAGCUGCAGGGCCUCGACCAGCUCCAGAUGGACAACGAGGUCUUGCGGCAGCAGGUUGAGGACCUGAAGAACAAGAACCUGAUCCUGCGGGCGCAGCUCCGCCAGCACGGCGUCGAGAUCGUCAUCAAGAACGACACCCACUGAUGGACAGCGGGACGGGGGGGGGGACACGGGGACACCCCCCCCUGCAACCCACCACCCCCCCCCCCCCGGCAUCCAGCACCCCCCCACCCCCCAACCCCCGGCGUGACAUGAGACCCUCCCCUUUGGUUUGUGUGUGUCCCCCCCGACCGUGUCCCCCUGUUGACACCCCCCCCCCCCCACCCAAAAUUUUCAUGUGUCCCCAAUUCCCCCCCGCGCUUCGUGCACACGCUCUCGGCCAGGCGGCGCCCCCCCCCCCCCUUUAACCCCCCCAAAUCCCCCCCCCAGCACUGCCUGCCCCCCCCCCCGCCUGCGCCCGUGACGUCCCCGUCCCCCCCCCACGGGACACCCCCUCCCGGGUGGUGUUGGGGG